GUCUCCACCUACCUGCCCGUUGAAAGGCCGCUCGAGUCCGACGGGAGCUACAUCUAUACUUUGCUGGGAGCUCUGGGUGGGGGCCUCCUCCUUUUCUGGAAGGAGCUACAUACAUUCUUUGAUUCCCAGCUCCAGAGAGUCUAGAGAAAUCACCUUACAAUCGUUCAUCGUCACUCUUGUAUCAUACCAACAAUUCCGAUCUCAUUCAUCUCGCACUCAGGUUUUCGUUUUCAUCAAACAAAAUCACAGUUUUCCGUAGUAGACAAGGGACGAGGCGGUCAUCUCUUGCCAAUGGAAACUGAAUCCCCAGAUUCAGACAGCAUCGCCGGAAUAGCGUUGCAUUUUCCGGUGAACGAUUCCGAUCCCACUUCCCUGCAGUCCACUCCAAGGCUCCCUCGCCGCCUUCGACGCCGCCUGCUGGAGAGCAAAUCGCCCUCCACCACCGCCGAGGAUAUUGAAGCCAAGCUUAGAGGUGCUGAAUUACGCCGCCAGCAAUUUUAUGAGAUCUUGUCAUCCAAAGCACGCAAAAAAUUAAGAUCUUUGACAUGGUCAUCUUCUUUGCAAGAUGAAGACCUGGCUCGACGACUUGAAGCAAAGCUCUCUGCCGCUGCUCAUAAAAGGUUAAGCAUCCUUGCAAAAGUGCAGAGGCGCUUGGCAAGAUUGGAUGAACUUCGACAAGCAGCUAAAGCUGCAGCAGAAAUGCGCUUUGAGAAACAACGUGAUGAGCUUGGUAGUAAAGUUGAGUCACGCGUACACCAAGCUGAGGUAAACCGAAUGCUUAUUCUCAAUGCUCAUAGGAAACGGAGGGAUGCGAAGAAAGAAAGGACUGAUCAAUUGUUGAGGAGAAAAAUAAUUAAAGAGAGCAAGUACAAGGAAAGCAUCCGAGCUGCUAUUUAUCGGAAGCGUGCUGCUGCCGAGAAGAUACGGCUGGGGGUUCUUGAAGCGCAGAGAUCUAGGGCACGUGCAAGAGUGUUACUAGUUCAGCAAGUGGCAAACAAUGUUACCCGCAAACGGGAGAUUGAGAGGACCAAGCUGAAAGACGAAUUAGCAUGCCGGCUUCUGAAGGCUCAGUCAUUGAGAGCUGAGUAUUUGAAGCACAGGGGAAACCUUCAAAAUAUAGAUCACCCUUUUCCAAAAAUGAUUGAACUCCAAAAUCUACUGUGCAGUAAACUAGCAAGGUGCUGGAGGCAAUUUGUCAGACAUAGAGGAACAACACAUGCACUAGCUAAGGAAUUUGCAGAAUUAAAUAUCCAUGGAGAGACUGUCAAAAGGAUGACAUUUGAGCAACUUGCUUCUAAGAUUGAGUCUGUUGUAACAAUUCAAACCACAAAAUCUUUGCUUGAUAGACUUGAGAGUCGCAUCAUUAUCAGCCAGAAGAUUUUUGGUUCCAGCCGCGCUUUUAGCUUAGGUAACACUGAUCAUCUUCUUAAACAUGUUUUGUUUCCGAGUAAAGGGGCCAAUGCAGACAAACCAUCAAAGAAAUGUAGGUCCUAUGGAGAUAAGAUUACUGGCACCAUCAAGUCAACAAGGUAUCCAGUGAGGGUGGUUCUCUGUGCUUACAUGAUCUUUGGACAUCCAGACAUGGUAUUCAUUGGGAAUGGGCAUGACGUGAAUGCUCUUGCUGAUUCUGCAGGAGUCUUUGUGAAAGAGUUUGAUUUGUUGAUUAAAGUUAUUUCGGAAGGGCCUAUUCAGCCCUCCAUAGGGGAGAUUGACAAUAGUGCCGAUCCUCCAAACUGGCUGACUUUUAGAUCUCAGCUGGAAGCUUUUGACAAAGCAUGGUGUUCUUAUCUGUAUAGCUUUGUGAAGUGGAAAGUCAAGGAUGCCAAACUUUUAGAAGAAGAUUUGGUCAGAGCUGCGUGCCAGCUGGAUUACUCAAUGUUGCAAGCUCGCAAGCUAGCUGCUGAAGAUGAUUAUAAUAUAGCUGAAAUGAAGGUUUUACAAAAGCAGGUUGCUGAAAACCAAAAAGUGUUGUCAGAAAAGUUGCAGCAGCUUGCUGGCGAGGGUGGAAUCAAGCAUUUAAAGCAUGCACUUCAAAAGACACGGACAAGAUUUGCUAAAAAGAAAGAACAUAAUAAUUUAUUAUCCGCAUCUGAUCAUCAUAUUCCAUCUUCUAGUUCAAGCGGUGCAUAUAACAACUCUACACCUCUUGAUGACAAGAAGUGUGACGGUGUAGAGGGCUUCCCCGAUGUUCAGCAUGAGAGUGGUCCUUUACUGAAGUUGCGUGCUUCUUCAAGCAAUAAUAUUUAUUCCCUGGCUCCGAAGAAACUUCCAACUUUUACAGAUGCUGCAACCGUGCAGACAGAGAAUGAAAUAUUAGUGAAUGACAUUAUCCAUGAGUCUUGUCGCUUAGACACUAUUAAUGAGGACCAGUCGAAUAUUAUGACAAAGUUGAGGCACACAAUGGAAAAGGCUUUCUGGGAUGGAGUCAUUGACUCAGUGAAUCAGGAUAAGCCUGAUUAUAGCUGGGUUCUUAAACUCAUCAAGGAAGUUCGAGAUGAACUAUGCAAAAUAUCUCCUUCGAGUUGGAGACAGAAUAUUGUUGAAAGUAUUGAUAUUGAUAUUAUCUCACAGAUGCUAACUGCUGGAAUACUAGACAUGGAUUAUCUAGGCAGGAUAUUGGAAUACUCGUUAAUGACGCUGCAGAAACUCUGUGCUCCUGAUGAUGAGGAUGAACUGAAAGCCUCUCACCAGAAACUAUUACUGGAAUUAGCGGAUAUUUCACAAGCUGCAGACAAAUCAGUCACUAAAACUGCUGUUGUUGCCGUUCAGGGUCUGCGCUUUGUUUUAGAACAGAUUCAGGGGCUCAAGCGCAGUAUAAGCAAAGCACGCAUCAGGUUGUUGGAACCUUAUCUUAAAGGGCCUGCUGGUGUGGAAUACCUUAGAAAUGCUUUUUCCAAGCGCUAUGGGCCUCCUUCUGAGGCAUGUUCUUCUCUCCCACUGGUAAACGAAUUGUUUUCUGCCUUGGUUUUGGAGUUCGAGAAUGAAUGGAAUGAGCAUUUGAGUUCUCUAUCGGCUUUGGGGUUGAAUAAUGAGAUGUGCUUCCAGGAUGAGGCUCCCUCCACCCUUCGUGCCGGAGGUGGUUAUAUUCAUGGGGAACUAACAUUAAAUGCUGUAACCUCAAGCACUGUAGGAAAUGAACAGCCAGAAUGUAAGGGAGAGAAAGUUGAUCUUUUACUGAGGCUUGGAUUAUUGAGGAUUGUGACAGAGAUUGAGGGCUUGACAAUAGAAACACUACCUGAGACUCUGAAGUUAAAUUUCUACAGAUUACGAGCUGCUCAAUCUGAGCUCCAGAAAAUCAUUGUUAUCUGUAUCAGUAUAUUGGUCCUCCGGCAAACCCUCCUCACUGAGCAGCACCUGGUAUCCAGUCAAGGGGACAUGGAAAUCCUGAUAGCAAAAUGUGUAAAACAGCUGUAUGAGGUCGUGGACAGUACAGAGGACGCGGGCAUAGCAGAACUGGUUGAAUCUAUGAGUUCUUGUCUGGAGUCAGACGAGACAGAUAAGUCCAGAGCAAGGAAGGAUGUGGUGAGAAAUAUGUUGAGAAAGAGCUUGCAAGCUGAGGACCCUGUCUUCACCCGGACUUCACAUGCCAUCCGCUUGGCAACCAGAGGCGUUUUACUCAGUGGGAGUGGGACUAAGGGUAGGAAACUUGCUGAAAGUGUACUUAGACGCGUUGGGGCAUCUUUUCUUACAGAGAGGUUGGUGGAAGCCGUGGGAAAUCUUUUGGUCGUUGCCAUUGUGUCGGCCAAUGUUCAUAGACCAUGGUAUGAACAAGUCCUUGGAAACCUCUGAUUCCAAACAAUUACAUUUUGUGGAAUGUGUCGUGUGAGGAGUUGAGGACUGAAGUGUAGCAAAGGUUUUUUUGCUCUUUUUUUAUUUUUUAUUAGUAGAGGAGGUGGGGUUUGUGGGCCUCCACCAGUUGAAUUUAAUGUUAAACGGAGUGCCCAUAUUUUUAGGCCUUUGCUUUUUAUAGUACUAUUGAGUCUAUUAUAAAUUCAAUCUUGACACAUGAUAGACUAAAAACUCGUUUGGUAAAACUUCAACAAACUUUAGGUUUAAAA